AUGAAAGAUGUUAAUAUUAACACCUGGUGGAUUGAUUCUAGAUCAACAAUCCAUAUAACAAAUUCCUUACAGGGUAUGCAAAACCUAAGGAAGCCAGUGGGAAGUGAGCGGACUGUCCUAUCAGGAAGCAGGAUGGCCUCACAUGUGGAAGCUAUUGGAACUUGCAAUUUGAUUUUAAAUAAUGGUUUUGUUUUGAAAUUAGAAAGGACCUUUUAUGUACCGAGUCUCUCACGAAACUUGAUUUCAGUUUCUAGACUUGUACCUUUUGGAUAUUCCUUUAAUUUUAAAGACACCUUAUUUGAAUUAUUUUAUAAUUUGGAAUGUGUUGGGAAUGGUAUAUUGUCUGAUGGUCUUUAUCGUAUUAAUUUACAAAUCGAAUCCAUUUAUAGUUCAAUGCAUGUUCAAACUGGCACUAAGCGGUGUAGUAUUAAUGAGAAUUCUUCUAUGUUAUGGCAUCGGAGAUUAGGACAUAUCUCCAUAGAGAGAAUUAAAAGAAGAGAACCAUUGAUAGGGGAAAAGAAUAAGCAACCUGUCAAUGAAACCAAAGAUUAUCAUCAUCCAUGGAUGGUUUACUUCACCACAUUCAUUGCUGUCUGUGGUUCUUUUGAGUUUGGUGUUUGUGUUGGAUAUUCAUCUCCAACUCAAGAUGCUAUCAGGAAGGAUCUUAGUCUGUCUUUGGCAGAGUACUCCUUGUUUGGCUCCAUCUUGACUUUUGGUGCGAUGAUUGGCGCAAUAACAAGUGGUCCUAUUGCUGAUUUAGUUGGACGAAAGGGGGCAAUGAGAGUAUCAAGUGCUUUCUGUAUUGCAGGAUGGCUUGUUAUUUAUUUUUCAAAGGGUCCAGUUUCUUUGGAUAUUGGGAGACUAGCAACAGGAUAUGGAAUGGGAGUUUUUUCUUAUGUGGUUCCUGUCUUCAUAGCAGAAAUUGCGCCAAAAGAACGCCGAGGAGUAUUGACUACCUUAAAUCAGUUCAUGAUUGUUAUUGGGGGAUCCACGACAUUCAUAUUUGGAACAAUACUUUCAUGGAGGGCUUUAUCUAUAAUCGGCCUUAUUCCCACUGCUGUGUUGCUUUUGGGUCUAUUCUUCAUUCCAGAGUCCCCUAGAUGGCUGGCAAAGAGAGGACUCACAAAAGAUUUUGUGGCGGCAUUGCAAAUACUUCGCGGAAAAGAUGCUGAUAUAUCUCAAGAAGCAAAGGAAAUUCAGGAUUAUAUAACUAGUUUAGAAAAACUCGCAAAACCGAAAGUGCUGGAUUUGUUUCAGAAAAGAUAUUUACGCUCACUCACGAUUGGAGUAGGGCUUAUGGUCUGCCAGCAAUUUGGUGGAAUCAAUGGAGUUGGUUUUUAUGCUAGCAGUAUUUUUGACCUAGCAGGAUUUCCUUCCGCGACCGGUACUAUACUUUUUGCUAUCCUUCAGAUUGUGAUCACAGGUGUUGGAGCAGCCCUCAUAGAUAAAGCAGGCAGGAAGCCGCUACUAUUGGUAUCUGGAUCAGGACUGGUUACAGGAAGUAUAUUUACCGCAGUUGCAUUCUAUCUAAAGGUACAUCUCGAUUAA